UUCUCCACUUCACUGCUCUCCCUUCUUCAAAGCUUUUCAACCUUCCUCCAUCCCCAUUUCUCUCCUUUCCCUUCCCUCCAACUUGCUCCAGCAAUGGUUCCGCAUCUCCUUCCCUUCCUUCUUCUCCUCUCCGUUUCCUGUCUCUCAGGAAUUGAAUCAGCAGCUACUCUAAAGCUCACCAACCACUGUCCCCAAACCAUCUUGCCGGAUAUCCUCUCCGGCGGGAACACUCCAGACCUCACCGCUGCUGCGGGCUCCCCGCUCGCGCCGGGGAAGUCCAGGACGAUCCCCGUCCCAACCGGCUGGUCCGGCCGCAUUUCGGGUCGGACCAUCUGCGGGAUAUCCGCCGCAGAAUGCGGUGCCCGGAAGGUGGAGCUCAGCCUCGACGGCGGCGAACCGCCGGCGACUGUAGUGGAGCUCACCCUCGACGGCGCUGGCGGUCUUGGCUACUCGUAUAGCGUGAGCUCGGUCGACGGGAACGACAUCCCCGUGGCGGUGUUGGGUCCGGCCCGCGGAUGCUCCGAUGAGCUGAAGGCUACGGCGGCGCGUGGGAAAGGGGAAGUCGCGUGUAACGAUACCAGUAGUAGGACUGCCCAUACGGAUUACGCCAUCGUAUUCUGCCCCAGACCGUAUUCCAGGCUUCGUGGUUGAACAUUGUUGCCUAAUAUAGCAGUCCAUCGAGCUUAUCCGCUCUUGCCUUCUUGGAUGGCAUUGAACUUGUGCAGCGGGGAAGUUGUAGGAAGAAGGAGAGGCAGUGCAGCUUUGCCACUGGUUAACCAGACGACAAUGACAACAGCCUGGCCAAGCAGACAUCGGAAUGGUGCUCUCUCUUCAGCUGCUGACAUCAACGUCGAUUUGACCGAAGCAGCCACCACAUUGAGCCCAGCUGAUCAUCAAGAGUCAAACGGGGGAGGUAAUGAGAUGAUGACAACGAAGACGAUGGCCAUGGAGCCAGUGAAGAUGGUGGAGAUGAGAAUGAUGUUGGGUGACAAGAGGAGGAGACUCAACAGCUUUCAGAUGUGUGCAUUGUGCACUUGUUGUAGCAGGGGUGGUUCCAGACAUUACUGCCUGCUCUCUCCGUGUUGCUAUGCAAUCAACUGCAACAUACCAAAUAAGCCCUUUGGUUUCUGCUCUUUCACUCCCAGGGCCUGCAAUUGCUUUGGAUGCCAUCUCUAGCUAGCUAGCUAUAGCUCCCUUCUUCCAUUUUUCUUCUCUUAUAUUUUUUUCUCCAUUAUUAUAGUAAGUAUAUUGUAUUAUAGGGAGUGGUUCGUCUUGAUUCUGUCGUCUGUGGGGGACUAAGGAAGAAUAUCUGUCGUUUGAUUAAAUUAAAUUGAUUGAUUUGUUUA